CCUCCUAUAGUAAUGCACCCUGUAAGCUGGGGCUCGGCGAGAAGAGAUGGUGUAGAACACUCUUGGCUGGAUACUGAAGACUCAAGCCGGUACAACCUCAUCAAACUUGGACGUCAUACUUGACAACAAAUAACGAGACCAGUAUGGAUAACAAGGCGUUGGAACCCGACUCUGUGAGUGUUUCCAUAGAGGACAGCAUCAUUUGUAAUGGAGGUACUCAGCAACAGGAGACUUCCAUGCUGAAGCUAAAGAAAGUUGAGAACCAGAUCACAGAAGCACAGCGCAUCACCCAUCUACCCAAACGUUCACCUGUAGACCUUGAGUUUAUUAACAUCUCUUACACCAUUCAGGAGGGAUCUUGCUGUAAGAGGAAAGGAUUCAAAGCCUUAUUGAAAAGCAUCUCGGGGAAAUUCUGCAGUCGGGAGCUCAUAGGAAUCAUGGGUCCCUCAGGUGCUGGAAAGUCUACCUUAAUGAACAUUUUGGCAGGGUACAGGGGAAAAGGAAUGAAGGGUCAAAUCCUUGUAAAUGGGAGACCCAGGGACCUGAGGUCUUUUCGGAAAAUGUCAUGCUAUAUCAUGCAACAAGACAUACUGCUGCCACAUCUUACUGCACAAGAAGCCAUGAUGGUAUCAGCCAACUUGAAGCUCAAUGAGUCUAUGGAUGUGAAGAAAAAACUGGUUAAUGAGAUUCUGAUUGCCUUGGGGCUUCUUGAGUGUGCUCAUACUCGUACCAGCUCACUAUCAGGCGGUCAGUGUAAAAGGCUUGCCAUUGCCCUUGAGCUGGUCAACAAUCCACCAGUCAUGUUUUUUGAUGAACCCACCAGUGGCUUAGACAGCACAUCGUGUUAUCAGGUUGUGUCCCUCAUGCGUUGUUUGGCGCUGGGAGGAAGGACUAUCAUCUGCACUAUCCAUCAACCAAGCGCUAAACUCUUUGAGAUGUUUGACAAGCUAUACAUCCUCGGCCAGGGUCAGUGUAUCUACAAAGGCACAGGCCCCAACCUUAUUCCCUAUUUGAAAAGGCUGGGACUUUCCUGUCCCACCUAUCAUAACCCUGCAGACUUCAUCAUUGAAGUGACAUCAGGAGAGUAUGGAGACCUGAACCCAGUUUUGUUUGAAGCAGUCCAAGGAGGAAUGUGUGAAACAGAAGACAAAAAGAACCAGCGUGGUACCAAUGGCUCAUUGGUCUAUACCACAGAACAUUCCAAGGAUACUGGACACAUAGAGAGACAUACUUUUGCUACAAGCACACUGACACAGUUCUGCAUCCUCUUCAAGAGAACCUUCAUAACCAUUUGUCGAGACCAGGUUUUGACCCACCUCAGACUGAUGUCCCACAUUGUCAUAGGUGUGGUGAUAGGCUUGCUCUAUCUGAACAUUGGUAAUGAUGCCAGCAAGGUGCUUAACAACACUGGAUUUCUCUUCUUCUCAAUGCUUUUCCUCAUGUUUGGAGCACUCAUGCCAACUGUGUUAACCUUUCCUCUGGAGAUGUCAGUGUUUCUGAGGGAGCACCUGAACUACUGGUACAGCCUGAAAGCCUAUUAUCUGGCCAAGACCGUGGCUGAUAUUCCAUUCCAAGUGAUCUGCCCCAUCAUGUAUUGCAGCAUUGUGUACUGGAUGACUGAGCAACCUCCUGAGGUCAGCCGCUACCUCCUCUUCAUAGCGCUGUCCAUUAGCACUUCUCUGGUUGCACAAUCCCUCGGCUUGCUAGUUGGUGCUGCUUCCACUUCAUUGCAGGUGGCCACAUUCGUUGGACCCGUCACAGCUGUCCCGGUGCUACUUUUCUCUGGAUUCUUUGUGAACUUUGACACAAUUCCAAAGUACCUGCAGUGGACCUGUUAUGUGUCAUAUGUCAGGUAUGGUUUUGAAGGAGUGAUUCUGUCUAUCUAUGGGAUGAAUCGUUCUGAGCUGGAGUGUCCAGGCAAAGCGUGUCGCUUACAACAGCCUGAGGAGGUUCUUCAGCUGUUGGACGUAGAAGAUGCCAAGCUCUACAUUGAUUUCAUUGCCUUGGGCGUUUUCUUUAUCAUCCUGCGACUGGCCACUUACCUUGUUCUCCGCUAUAAGAUAAAAGCUCAGCGGUAGCUUGUUUUACAGAAGAUUUGCACUAUUGCCAUGCCAGACAAGGCCAACAUUUACGCAACCUGAAAUACGCUCUUUUACCACAUUGAUGUAUUUUUUAUUUUUACUGCACACAUCGCUGCUAACAUAUUUGCUGAACGUGUCAAUAAUGUUUGAUUAUGAACUUGUACAUUACCUCAAUACACCAGGCUUACUCUUCUGUUUUUAAACGGUUGUAGUUCAAUCAGAGCAAACUCAACAGAGCAUAAAGAUAUUUUUAACAUCAAGCAUGGGUGUGCACAGCGAUUGUCUUCACUCACAAGGAGAAACAAGUCAAGCCUCCCCUCGAAAAACACAGUUUAUAUCAUAUUAUGCAAGUCUGACACAUAUAUAAGCUCAAAUGACUUUAGAAAUCAAUUCAUUCUUUUGCUAGAUGGACUGUUUUUUAUUAUUUGUAGAUUAAUUAAUAUAACCAUAUGUUCUCAAAUGUUAUAUUCUACUUAAAAUAUGUGAAAUUCUUUCAAUGUGAAUCAAAAUGUAAUGUUUUUUUGUAUAAUUAGCUCCUUGUGUAUAUGCACUAACAUACAGCAUGAGUAUUUAAGAUAGAAAUAAAUGAGUAUACUUUUAUUUUUUUUGUACCGACACAACCAGGACAUCAUGCAAUCAUGUUUGGUGCUAAAUUUCAUGAUCAAUAUGAAAAACACAAUGCAUCUGGACUGCACAUUAAAAGGAGCACUUGGAACAUGGCCAAAAACUGGAAGCAGCUUUAUAUUGCAUUUAACAUGAAUUUUUUUUUUCUCAAACUAGUUUUUUGUUUAUGGAUUUUAUGUUUUUUAGCUGGACUGCACAAUCAUUUCCAAUAAUUGAGAAUAUAAUAAACAAUGAUUUGAUUAAUUUGA